ACGCUGCGCCCACUGAUGGACACACCGAGGACAAAAUGCGCCUUGUACACGUGGGGCGCGAACAGUUUCGGGCAGUUGGGGCAGGGCCAUGCCGAAGAUCAGGCGGAGCCACAGAGAGUGGACGGCGCACAGGAACAGACAAGGCUCCGGGCUAUUACCGGAGGGGGCGGUCAUUCAGCGCUCAUCACCGAGACUGGAGAGCUGCUGGUAUGUGGGCAAAAUCACAAAGGGCAGCUAGGACUUGGCCACAUCUCAGAUGUUACAACCUUUCGGCUUUGCCCUUUGCCUGGCAGUCAGACUGUUCAACAAGUAUCUUGUGGCUGGGACUUCACCAUCCUUCUUACAGAUGAUGGCCAUGUCUUGGCAUGUGGUUCCAAUGCUUUUGGACAGCUGGGCGUCUCACCAGAGAUAAAAUACACAGCAGAACCUCUGCUCAUCAAGUCGUUGAGUGAGCCUGUCAUCAGUGUAGCAACUGGGCUUAGACAUGCACUCGCAGUAACAGGUUCAGGUGGUGUGUAUCAGUGGGGUACAGGUCUGUCUGCUCAAGCAAAACGAGCACUGAAUCCGCAACCAGUCCCUGUCCACCUAACCUGCAAGGAGCCCCAUUUGGUUCCAGGACUGAACCAGGUAACCUGCCAGAAAGUGGCUGCAGGCUCUGCCCAUUCUGUCUGUUUGACAGUGGCUGGUGAUGUAUUCCUAUGGGGCAGUAAUAAAUAUGGCCAGCUGUGCAGCAAGGAGUCCUUCCUGCCUCUUCCUACUGCUUUAGAUCGCUCACUUCUAAAUGGGGAGAGAGUAUGUGCUAUACACAGUGGCUGGACGCAUCUGAUUGCCCAAACAGAGACUGAGAGAGUCUUUACAUGGGGCAGAGCCAGUUAUGGACAACUUGGGAGAAGAGGACCAACCAAUGAUGUUACAAGUCCAGAAUCAGAUGCCUCCAUGACAGACUCUAGUAGUGAGAUAAGCUUGCCCUCAGAGGUCAGGGCACUUAAUGGAGCCACUCAGAUUGCAUGUGGAUCAGAACACAACCUUGCUGUUGUUGGGAAUCAAGUCUUUUCCUGGGGCUGGAAUGAGCAUGGAAUGUGUGGAGAUGGCUCGUUUUGUAACAUCAUACAACCACAACUAGUUCCUGUUCUCAGAGAUGUCAGACCUCUUUUGAUUGGCUGCGGAGCAGGACAUUCCAUGGCACUGUGUUGUUUGAAGAGUAGUGGAGAGUUCGGAUGCUGAAAAGUCUUAAAGCUCCCAGUCAGGUUUUUAUAUUUAGUUUGUACAGUCUUGUUUUUAUUGGCCAUGGUAAAAUAUGAGCUGCAUCACUUGUAGGCAGUUCCAAAGUAAACGUUUAAAUUGACUUUCAUGUACAUAUGAAAGUUAAUUACAUCUGAGUAAAGAAACAGUAAUCAGCUUUGAUAUAUUCCUGAUGGUCUUCCAAGUAAUGUAAGUAUUUGACCCUGUCUCAGUAUCUCAUAUAUAUGCUAAAUGACUCAUAUGUGAUGAGGGGACAGAAAUUCAUGUGUUUUUUUCCUCUCUUCCUUUGGCAGCUGUGGAAGCAAGGGAUACAAAACUGUUGGGAGUUGACACACAGAUGAAUGAGGGUCUUCUACUAAAGCCAGUGUUCUGUUAAAUCUCACUGUGAUGGGCAGUACUGGGGUAGCACUUUUUCAGGAUUACUUUCCCUGUGCACAGGAGCUUCCCUUAAACAACCCUUUCUGUUACCAUAGGUUUAUUGAAAAGGUCAUUUGGAAACACUAUAUGCCAAAACAUAAAUGCUGCCAUCCCAUGUUCUGCCAUUGAUGGUAUUUUUACUUGAUUUUAAUUCAAAUUAAAAUUAGUUAGAUAACAGUUAUAUAUGCAACAUAUUUUAGGUUGGACACACUCCAGUCACUUUAUACAAUAUAUAGUGCAAAUGCAGUAUAUUUUGGAGAAGUUACAAAUCUUUUAUUUCAUGUUCGCAUGAUGACUUUAUCAUCAAUGCCUAAUGAAUGUGCAGUGUGAAAAAACAACCUGCUACCUAAGCAAAUGGGUAAUGAAGCCAAGUUUCAUCUGAUAUCACUGUAGCUGCCACUGAGAGUUAUUAAACAAUUAAUAUUUUUUCCCAUUAAUAAAUCACAUCCCAUUAAUAAAAACAUCAAUGCUAUGCUAUUCUUUGUAAUUCUUUAUAGUUCUUUUUUUCCAUGAAGGCUAUUUUAGACAUCACAAAGUUUUGAACACAUCAUAGCUAUGAACAGGAGAACAGAAAAGAGAGGUGCAUUCUGCCAUCCAGUUUUUGAAUUAUUUUACCCGUGACUUGAUAGCCAAAUACAUGCUUUUGUAUGUAGAUGUACGACACAUGUCGGGUGUCAUUAUUCUAUACAUAACCGUGAAAAUGGUAAUUAACUCCAUGCAUACUUAGUCACAGUUCUAGUUGUGGGUCUGAAUCUGUUUUCUUUGAAUCUCUCAUUAAAAAUGUCCUCUUCUCUGCUCUGAAGUUGAGGUUGAUAGUAAAUUCAGUGGAAUCUUUAAUGACUUUGAAAUGUCAGUUUCAUGACAGUCCCACUUGACAUAAAAACAUGUUAACAAAGACACGUAGUGAACCUUACUUCCUUUUGAUAUUCUUCAGAUUCUUCAAAUUAGAAGGUUCUAGCUUCAGGAUGCGUGGCAGGUUUAUUAACUUAAUAACAGUUUACUGAAGGGCAGCAUUCUUAAGGCUACAUGGCACCUACCUAAGCCUUUAAUGACUGUUGUAAAUCUACAUGGACAUUUAUAACGGCUUAUUCCAACAAGUAUCAUUUAUAAAGGUUACUUUUGUCGAUUUUCAUUACAUUUCACUUUAGAAAUUGUAAUAACAACUGUCACUUGUUGGAAUAAACCUUUCUAAAUGUUUAUAUAGGUUUUUCAGUUGUCAUAAAAGGCCUCUGUAGGUGUUGUGUAACCUUAUGAAUGCCACUCCAGCAAAUUGUUACUAUCAACUGUUAUUAACUUACUAGCACAUGACCAAAUUCAUGAGUAAGAGCAUUACUAUUACAAGACAUCAAAUCAUAUCCCCAAACAGUGGGAAAAAUAUAUUGCAUACACAGCAAUGUUUAAUUUUGUUAAUGAACAACAGUCUGAUAAUAACGUAUUCUUUCUGUUCCCUUAUGCAUGUUUAUAAACCUUAAUCUGCCAAAGUAUUUCUCAAAGUUUCAGUCAACUUGGUUUAAUCUGAAGAACACAAUAAGCACAAAAACAUGCAUGGUAAUUUUUUAUUAUCAUUUAGUUUUUUUCUCAGAAAAAAGACACAAAAUUGAUUUAACAAAUCUAACCAUCAAUGAAAACAACAUCUUGUUUUGGCUAAAUACCCACACUGCACUGCACGGUGCAUGAAACAUACACGGGACUUCUCACAGAACAGCACAAACAGUGGAGAUGCCUGUGUUACUGCAGCGGCAGGAUGUCAAACCCCAAACUGGCAAAUUGUUAAAAAUGUAGCUGAUUUGUCUAAAUCUUAUUUCAACCAGUCAACAAAUUCACAACUGGACAUUGAUGAGCUGCCAUUUCAACUAAAACUUCAACAUCAGUUUUAGGUAAUGUGGUUGAUUUCAUGUUGCUUCAUACCAAAAAAAUCUGCAUGAAGCAGCCCUGGUUUUUGCACUGUGAAAUGUUUUGUUCUCAUCGUUGGUUGUCAGUCAGAGUUGUGCUCUUGUGGUGUUGGGUGAAUUAACAGUCCAGCAUAUUGUUAGUGAAGGGUCCGACAUAGACAUCCCCAAAGAUAUGACUGGCAGUGUUCUAAGUUGGUCCCAAAGAAUUGGGCAUACUGUACAUUUUCACAACAAUGGAAAAUAAAUAUUAAAUAAACUUGA